AUGCAGCAUCUUGAAGGCCUUUAUUCUGGCGAAUGGCGAAAACCUCCUGCGGUUGAAUAUUUGUGUGAGGUGAAAGACCGGAGCUUGAAGCACCAAGGUGGCUGGAACUACACCAUUUUUGUCAACUUCCCGAAGCAACAUGGGUUUGGAAUCAAAGAGGAUUAUACUUUGUACUCAUCUGGAGUUUCUGAAGAGUGUUGUUGCCAGAUGGGUCUUCAUGACUUUCAGCAAGAAUGGCUCUUCUUCCAGCUCAUCGGCUGUGUGGUUCGAGAAGGCGACGCCCCGAUCCUGGCUCGCGAACAGCUAGUCCAUUAUGGUCGCCAAUUGAAUACCGGAAAUCUCAAUCAAGCUCUUACAGCGUGGCACAAAUAUUUAGUGGAGUGCCAUGACGCAGACCCGGAAAUCAACACGAUGAGACUCCUGGAAGCGAAUCAGAUCCUGGAACUCGCUAAACAGGUCGUCAUUGCAAAUCUAGCCGACAACCCAACUCAACUCGAUAAUCCAUCGUCUAAAGGAGUUAGAAUCAAAUCAAACGAAGAGGAUGAGCAGGCGCUAUGUUACAUGGUCCUGGGCGAGACUAUCUCCACCGUCUUAGCCCAUGCCAUGAAGACCUGCAACGUCAAGCUUCCUGGAUGGGAACCAGAUGAUGAAGGAGGCUGGGGCCCUCCGGCCUUCGUUUACAAGACGAUGCGAGGAGAGGGCUGGUGUCCAAGAUCGCAAGCAACCAUCAAGGGGCAACUGGGCCGAAACGCAACGCUUCUCUAUGUUACUACAUGUGCUCAUGAAAAGAACCAGCACAACAUACAUGGAUUACACUUCGAUCCAGAAAGAUGUGAUCCGCGAGAGUGCGGCUUCAUCGAGGCUAAGCAUAGCAAGUCCAACGUCGACCAAAAAUAG